UUUCUUAAUAUUCUUUAUAAUAUCCUAAAUAUUCACCAACAAUCUUGUUUUUCUUUUUAUGCAGGAGGUUCAUCCACUCUUCCUUCGUCUUGACGUCUCGGUGACCAACCAGGCCCAGGUCAUCAAGAGCCUUCUCCAGCGCAAUGCCUGGUUCAACUUCUCCAUCGUCUCAAGCGAAGGAGAAGGCUCCAACGCGUUCGUCCAGAGCUUACGCGACCAGAUACAGACCCCCGGUUGGAACAUCAGGCACGACGUCCGCUUCCCGGCAGACGCCGGAACUAGGUUCUUGAGGAACAUUGCUAAUGAUGAUUCAAACGAUGUUAUUCCCGUCAGGUACGUAGUGAUGGUGCUCCACUGCUCACCCAGGCAAGCCCAGGCCGUCUUCCGGGCGGCUAGGGAGCUGAAGCUCCUCGGGAAGGGCCACGCCCUCAUCGGCACAGAGUCCCUUCUGACGUAUGAUAAGAGCAUCUUGAAGGACUAUCCGACGGGCCUUCUGAUUGUCAAACACAUGGACGCGGCCCCGCUCAAGGACCACCUCCACGACGCCUUCACGCUGGUCGCCCGCUCAGCCGGUAAGCUCAAGUGGGAAGGGGGAGUACGGAACAUCUCCUGCUGGUUGGGGCCGGGAAGCUCCCAGUUGGAGUACGCCAACAACUUCUACAGUACAAUGACUAACACGUCCUUCAAAGGCAACACUGGCAAUAUUAAGUUCGACCAGAACGGCGAUUUGGUGGAUUCGUCUUACCACAUCAUGAACCUUAUCGAGGAAUCACCCACAGGGCACGACUGGAAGGAGGUAGGCUCCUGGCGCAGAGGGUCCCUCAAGCUCGAGACUGUCGUCUGGCCCGGUAACACCAUGGUCAUGCCGGUUGGUGUCGACACCCACAAGCUGAUCAUCGCAACCAACACCGAGAAGCCGUUCAUAUUCUUCAGCAAUACGACCGGUAUGGAAGGGGAGUGCACCACGGGGGUCCAGUGUCUCAAAGUCAGAGGGUCCAACAGCACCAGGAGGGACAUGGAGAAGGCCUUCGAGGAAUUCAGGAGGAGACCGGACGGAGGGAACUACUCUCACGAUCUGAAGUGCUGCACGGGGCUCUGCGUGGACCUCAUUGAGCGUAUGAGCCAAGACCUCAACUUCAAGUAUGAUCUCUACCUCGUGGCUGAUACCAACCACGGAGCCAUCGAGAAUGGGACCUGGAACGGCAUGGUGGGAGACCUGAUCACCGGUAAGGCAGACGCUGCAAUCUCAUCCUUCAGCAUCACCAGAGAGCGGAGUGCAGUCAUCGACUUCACCGCUCCGUUCUUCCACUCGGGGUUCUCUACCUUGGUUGCCAAGAAGCAGCGAGAGCAGACCCUGGGGGCCUUCCUCGCGCCUCUUCACCCCAACGUCUGGACCCUGAUAUUCGCCUCAGCUCUCGUCAUGGCUGUGUGCCUCACCAUCUCCGAGUGGAGCAGCCCUUACGGUCUCCACCCAGGGGGAAGAAACAGGAACAGUACGUUCAGCUUUCCCUCUGCUCUGACAAUCACCUUUGCCAUCUUGUUCUCAAACACCAUCAAGACCAAACCACCGAAGUGUAUGACCAGCCGAAUGUUGCUCAACGUAUGGGGAGGAUUCUCGCUGAUUUUCUUCUCUAGCUACACGGCAAACUUAGCCGCGUUCCUGGCUGGUCAGAUGUCCUACCUGAGUAUAGAGGACCUGAAUGAUCCAAAGUUAAAAAACCCAACCGAGGAGACAACUGUUGGGACUGUUACGGGUAGCAGUAUACAGAAUUACCUUAUGAGCCUGAACCCAGGCUUACAUCGAUUUAUGGAGAACUACGUACAACUAACUACAGAGGAAGCCAUAACCAGCUUAAAGCAAGGUGAGUUGGAUGUUUUUAUCUACGAUUCCCCCGUGAUUGAGUACCGGAUGGCGAAUGACCCAGAGUGCAGCCUCGUCAGCGUGGGCAAACCCUUUGGUGAGGAAGGCUACGGUAUUGGCGUGUCCAAGGAUUCACCGUUGAGGGACACAGUGUCGGGUAAAAUUCUUGAGUACGAGUUGGACGGCAUACUGGAGGAGCUACAGAGGAAAUGGUUCGAAACGCUGGGAUGCAUGAAAGAGGAUAUCCUCGAUCCCACCUCCGGGGGCGAGGAUAAUACAGUUACGAUCGCACACGUAGGAGGUCUCCUUCUUCUGCUCGUCAGCGGUGUCAUCAUAUCCUGUCUUAUCUUAUUGGUGGAGUUUGCUGUACAUAAAUACAUGGUGCCGAACCUACGUAAAGUGCCGAAACAUCGACGGGACUGCCUCGUUCUAAGCCAGAGAUUGCACCAUGAGAUCAACUCUGACUAUAAAGUGAGAUCCUCAGCCAAUAUGAGGGAGCUACUCACGCUCGUCAAGCAGGGGGAGUUUGCCAAAAUGUUACAGAAAGAGCAAAGACCGGCUGCUCCUGAGGAGAUCGAAGCUAGGCGAGACAUCAGGAAUGCAGUUCAAGCUGGCAUGGCUGGACGCUCGCUCGACAGCAACCGAAGCAAUAGCGGAAUACCUCACCUACGAGCCUCUGAGCAGCAGGAAUAUCUUCAGACGAUGGACGACUGCAACGAAGACCAUUCUCGACGGCAAUCUCGCAACAGCGACGCCAAACCCAAGUACUCCUGGCGGUACUUCACUCCGGAAGAUUUCCUCGAUCACAACGACGAGACGGAAAUGGACCGGUUGCUGUCUCGGGGGAUCGUGGUUCCAAUCCGCCAUGUGGGGGAGACUUCGGCAGCCGCACCUCCGACGAGCGACCACUACGAACACUCGGGGAACUCCCCAGCGUGGGAGUCGCACGUUAACAUGGUCCCGAUUGAGAUGAGCAACCUGCACAGUGCGGACAUCGACGCUGGUCUUUACGCGAAUGGAUUGGGUGGUUCGAGUCCCUACACGGAUGGAGUGGACUCAAAUCCCUAUGCGAAUAGAGUGGAUUCGAACCUAAACACGGUUGGGGUGGAUUCGAAUUCAUACGCGAAUGGUGUGGGUCCGAAUCCAUACUCGGAUGGAGUGAACUCGAAUCCUUACGCAAAUGGAGUGGGUUCGAAUCCCGCUUACCUGGACGUUGAUAUUGUACCCUACGCUGACGAAGGGGAAAUGUCCGAUUGCCGGAGAGACAGCUUUGCCUCAGGGUCCUACGAAAUGGAUGACCUCCUUUCGUUUAUGUCGGAUGAACUGGCACAAGGUCACCUCGGGAGGGCGUGUUUAGCCUCACCGGAAACGGACGAUGGGACCGCGAGUCAAGGUCACUCGUCACUUUCCUCUGGCGGUGCCGAACAUUUACCGUGUGAGGGCGCCACUCUUCCAAGAACAUCUUCUCUGCCAUCUUACGACUCCGCCAUGUACUAUCCACCUUUAGUUUGUCCUACCCCAUCAGAAAACACGCCAGAAAAAGUCAUGAACUGUAAAACGUCAUCAGAAAGAAACAGCUCAUUUUCGUGACAGAGUAGGUGUUGAAAGUUCCGUAUUUUUGACUUUCUACUUUCAUCAUUCCAGUAGCCAUGUUCUUCUCUAUAUUACCCAGGGACAGACUGGGAUACAACGCGAAUCAGUCGAAAACAGGGACCCAACACAGAAUCUGUACGUCUAUUUGAAACAUGCGUGCCAAAAGUGCACGUUUUCAAAACGAAAUACUGACGGAGCCCAAACCGAAAACCGCGGUUUCAACAAGGCCUUGCGACUUUGGCAUCUGAUUAAAAUACUACAAGAGGGCAUUACCAGUACCUACAAUGGCGUAUCACGUCGUUUGCAACCCACCGUCAUGGUUCUUUCUUUGAUAAUAGAUAGUUUGCAUAUAGCGUCGACGACCGCCAAAAUUGAUGAGAAACAAAGGAAAGUGCACGCAUAAAUUAUCAUAUACGCGCUGCCCAAAAUCUCUGUGCACGUUUUAUCAAAGGUGGUGGUUGUCAAUGACGUCAUGCGCAAUCCAUCUAUUCCUUGAAUCAUGUGGAUUACCCCCACUAGAUUUAAAAGCCAUCGAGUUUAAUGCAGUAUUCACAUGAUACAUCGGUGAAGCACGAUACAGAGAGCAUUGAUGUAUAAUGAUGGGUUCAAGGUGGGGGUCAUUGAUUGGUUUAAUUGGCAGAUUUACAGAGGCCAGAUUAUUAAUACAGAUGCAAUACAAGUCACAUGUGAAAGUUUCAGCUGAAUAUUCAUGCAUUUCAUGUAUUAAUUUCACAGGUAAAAAUUAAAGAACACAGUAUCUUCUUGUUGAGAAAACAGAACCAAACAGCAAAAACCGACACAAGGUUUAUUAUUUUAACAAGAACACCGAAUGCAUCUUCGUUUAGCGAGGAUACGACGGGUACCAACCGCAUCGCUGGUGGGAGAAUUCACAAACGGACACCACACAGAAAUUUGAACCUCCAAAAGCAACCUUUAGCGGGAUUUUCAGAUUCAAAUCUGUCGACAUACUAUUUCUAACUAAUGAAGGCACUUCAUAUGAAAUUAUUCGCAGGUUGCUUUACUAUCAUUACCAUCUUUAUAACAAGUGGGCUUAAAGGUAUGAAAACUCACAGGUCACGAGGC